AUGAAGCGCACCAGCCGCGUCGAGUGGGACGACUACUUUAUGUUCGUAGCCCUCCUGUCGGCCCAACGCUCCAAGGACCCUCACACUCAGGUUGGAGCCUGUAUCGUCAACCAGGACAAGCGCAUUGUUUCCACGGGUUACAACGGCUUCCCGCGCGGUUGCGAUGACGACAUCUUCCCCUGGAAGCGCGAGAGCGCGUGCGAAGACAUCCUCGACAGCAAGUCGCUCUACGUGGUCCACGCCGAGCUCAACGCCGUGCUCAACAAGAACGCCAAGUCGGUCAAGGGCUGCACCAUCUACGCGCCGCUGUUUCCUUGUUGCGAAUGCGCCAAGGCCAUCAUCCAGAGCGGCAUCUCGCGCGUCGUCUAUCUCACCGACGGCGGCAAGGCCCCUCUACCUCGCUAUGUGGCAUCGCGCAGGAUGCUUAGUGCCGCCAAGGUCAAGUGCGUGCGGCACAAGCCGACGAAGCAGACGCUUACGCUGACUAUGGAUGGUGGCGGCCACGACUGGCAAGUGUCCGCGCCCGAUGAACAGACAAUCCUGUCCACAUUCAACUGCUCCCUCUGUUGGCAAUGA